UCUCGCACAACUCUCUUCGCCUGUUAAAGCAUAACUGUUCCGUAUUAUGUUUCUCCACGGAAUAAUUUACCCUAAAAGACGCCUACAAUUUACUUCAAAUAAUCCCUUCUUCUUCCUCGCGACUUCUGAUCAAGAUCAGAGACCAAACCCUAAGCCAUGCACACGUCGGACUCACCGCCUCCGCUUCCCGUCCUCAUACGAUCGGUAUGGUCGCAAAAUCUUGAUUACGAGUUCGGUUUGAUCCGAUCAGUUAUAGAUUCUUACCCCAUCGUCGCGAUGGACACAGAGUUUCCCGGCGUCGUGGUUCGACUUGAGUCGGACGACCGGGACUUCCAGGGUCGGCAGCCCGCCCGUCAUUACAUGGUCCUCAAGGCCAACGUCGACCGCUUGAAUCUGAUCCAGAUCGGUCUCACCCUCUCAGAUGAAGAGGGAAAUCUUCCGGAUCUGGGCACGGACAACCUUUACAUAUGGGAAUUUAACUUCAGGGACUUUGACGUGGCGCGUGACGCCCACGCCCACGACUCCGUGGAGUUGCUGAGGCGCCAAGGGAUCGACUUUGAAAGGAACCGGGAGUUUGGGAUCGAUUCCGUCCGGUUCGCCGAGCUGAUGAUGUCGUCGGGGCUCGUCUGCAACGACUCGAUGAACUGGGUCACUUUCCACAGCGCAUACGAUUUCGGAUACUUGGUAAAGAUGCUGACUCAGAGGGUCUUGCCGGACGAUUUGCACGAAUUUCUUGCCCUUGUCGAGGUGUUCUUCGGGCCUAGGGUUUUCGACGUGAAGCAUUUGAUGCGGUUCUGCGCGAGUCUCUAUGGUGGAUUGGACCGGGUAUCCCAGGCCUUAAACGUGAUACGGAUUAUUGGGAAGAGCCACCAAGCCGGGUCAGAUAGCUUGCUGACUCUGCACGCAUUCGAGAAGAUCAAGAAAGAGUAUUUCGGCAAAGAUAAUCUGAUAGAAAAGUACGCUGGUGUGUUGUAUGGAUUAGAUGUUUCUGAUCUUUGAUAAAAUAUACUGCUUGUAGAUUUCAUUUUAUUUAAAGGAAAAGGUAAAACCGGUAUACAUUUGGCUUAAUCUAUAAUAUAUUAUUUAAUCUAUAUUUGGUUACCUUAA